ACAGUAAUUGAAUUCAGUGAGAGGCUGAGUUACUUUGGAUUAGCAACAAGUUUGAUUAUAUACCUAACAAAAGCCAUACAUCAAGACCUCAAAACAGCAGCAAAAAGUGUGAAUUACUGGUCAGGAGUCACCACUUUAAUGCCAUUGCUUGGAGGUUUUCUAGCUGAUGCAUACUUGGGAAGAUUCUCCACAGUUCUUGUCUCUACCACUGUCUACCUCCUGGGCUUGCUUCUCUUGACAAUGUCAAGAGUGGUUCCUAGUCUGAAACCUUGUGACAGUGACCUCUGUCAUGAACCUAGAAAAGCUCACGAGGCGAUUUUCUUCCUCGCGAUUUACUUAAUCUCAGUUGGGACAGGAGGGCACAAGCCUUCUCUAGAGAGCUUUGGAGCUGAUCAGUUUGAUGAUGAUCAUCCUGCGGAGAAAAAAAAGAAAAUGUCCUUUUUCAACUGGUGGAAUUUUGGGCUAUGCUGCGGACUAUUACUUGGUGUUACUCUUAUUGUUUAUGUUCAAGAUCGCGUUAGCUGGGCGAUGGCAGAUUUGAUCCUCACACUAGUUAUGGCUUCUAGUUUAGUCAUCUUUAUUGCAGGGAGACCGUUUUAUCGUUAUAGAAAAGCAACUGGAAGUCCAUUAACACCAAUGUUACAGGUGCUUGUAGCUGCAAUAAGAAAAAGAAAUCUUCAUCUUCCUUCAAAUCCUUCUCAUUUACAUGAAAUUCCCAAAUCAGAAACUAGCCGGAGGAGACUUUUAUGUCACACCAAGAAGCUCAAGUUCCUUGAUAAAGCUGCGAUUCUUGACGACAAACAAGAUUCAAUAGAACAGCUGCAGAAUCCAUGGAAACUUGCAACUGUGACUAAGGUGGAAGAAUUGAAGCUAGUUAUCAACACUACUCCCAUUUGGCUAACCACUAUACCAUUUGGUAUAUGUAUAGCACAAGCUGCAACAUUUUUCAUCAAACAAGGCGUGACACUGAACCGAAAGAUUGUUCACAAUUUUGAGAUUCCCCCUGCCUCAAUUUUUGCCUUAGCAGCUGUUGGCAUGAUAAUAUCUGUCACUAUGUAUGAGAAAAUUCUCGUACCUGUCCUAAGACGGGCAACAGGAAACGAAAGAGGCAUUAGUAUUCUCCAAAGGAUCGGUAUUGGAAUGAUCUUCUCUGUUUCUACUAUGAUCGUUGCAGCUCUAGUCGAAAGAAAAAGAUUGAAUAUUGUUCAUGAAAAUCCACUCGAGGGUUCAGCUUCAAUGAGUGUAUUCUGGUUAGCCCCACAAUUCCUUAUAAUCGGAAUAGGAGAUGGAUUUACCUUAGUGGGAUUACAAGAAUACUUCUAUGAUCAAGUACCUGAUUCUAUGAGAAGUUUAGGCAUUGCACUUUACCUUAGUGUGAUUGGUGCUGCAAAUUUUAUUAGCAGCCUCUUGAUAACUAUUGUGGAUCAUAUCACAGAAAAGAGUGGCAAGAGUUGGUUUGGGAAGGAUUUAAAUAGUAGUCGGCUCGACUAUUUUUACUGGUUGUUGGCUACCAUUACAGCAGUAAAUUUGUGUGUCUAUGUUUUUGUUGCUAGGAAUUAUUCCUACAAGAAGAAUGUUCACGGUAGGACAACUAUAGCUGUGGCUGAUUGUGAUGAUCGUGAAGCAGUGGCUUAGUAUAUAAAUAUUCCUUUAAAUGUUUUACGUAAUUUUUUUUACUACGUUUAUUGAAAUAGUAAUAUCAGUGUAUUCUGACAAGUUUAAAGGAAAUAAGAAAUCCCUCUUUUUGUGUUGGAAAAA